CUUCUGAAACCCAAAGUUAGAGCCUUCAUUAGUUUCCCCUUUUAGUUACCAAAGCUGACUAAGGUGGAGCGAUAAAGCAAAAUGCCUAGAAAAAAAAAACAGAGGAGAAAGGUUGAGAAGCACUCUGUAUUAGCCUAGAAUUUUUCUCACACAUAAAAUACAACCCGUCCACCUCUUCUUAAAAUGUAUUAAUUAAUUAAUUUUUUAACCUGCAACUUCUUACUAGUAGGAAUGAUGCUAUGUAAAAGAAAGAAAAAAAAGUGAGUUUCUAAAGUUCAGAAACACUGAUAAAAAGUUUCACCAAGAAAUGACGAAUGGGGCCGCAAACAUUUUUUGGUGUAAAUUCUAAAACAUUUUAGAUGGUAAUCAAAGUUUGAAUAAGGUUAACAUGUUAAACAGAAAGAAACAACAUUUUCUGUAAAGUCUUAUUUAAUAAACUUACAUUUUUAUAUAAGUAGUAGCCAAGCAUAAAAUGUCAUAAUCAAUCAAAAUUAAAAUAGAAUAGAUACUCAUUUCACAUUUGUGUAACAAUAUUGGGAAAUGUUUGGAGACUAUUGUUGGGGGGGGGGGGUGACACCCUGAGCCUACAGCACCGGGUGACACCGAUCCUAGUGACGCCACUGGAUGUCAUUACAGCACGUUUAAAAAUUAAUCACUUUUAUAUGCUAACAAUGAAAGCAAAUGUUUUGGAAAAAUUAAUAUUUUACUAAAUACAUGUGCUAAUUCUAAAUGAAGUCAUAGGUAUCCAUCAAAUGUCUGUGACUAUGAUAAAGACAUAUCUCACCGACCUCCUUUAUUUAAAAAUAAAUUCUUGUACAAUGAAUUAAAAAAUCAAAACAAAAUUGACUAUCAAAGAAAAAAAAGCAGCCUUUGCAACAGAAAGGUUGAGAGAUCUAAAAUUUCAUAAUAUCGGAUUUUCAAUAUCUUUAUAGUUUUUUCAGGACAGACCUACAGCCAGACAGACAACAAAAAAACUAAUAGCGGCUUUUCCCCUUUUGGGGGCAACUAAUAAUAACUCAUAUGAACUAUAGUUGAGGGGAUGACACUUCACAGAUAGUCUCAAUUUGACAUAACGUUAGUUUUGUGUUAGUAUUUUAGAAUUCUACGAUCAGUUUACUAAUAAGAAAAAACAACAACAUAUUUAGGAGCUACAGCUAAAUCUAACAAUGGCAGAGGCGGCCCCAGAAAGUUAUUCAAAUGAUGUUUCCGACACUGGUCAUCAAGAUAAACAUUGGGAUGAUAACAACUUUGAUGGAGAGACUGAUGAGACAAUGUACAGUAACACACUAUAUGAAGAAACGGACCUUCUACAAAUAGUCGACAAAAUGGAAACAAAAUUACAAAGUUUAAGUAAACGAGUAAUUUUUCUGCAACAAAAACUUACAGAUCAAAUGAGGCUGGAGAAUCUUAUACAAAAAUGUCAAGAAGAAAGAUCUGAUUUAGCCAGUGAGAUAGAGGAAUGGGGCAAUUACUUAAAAAGAGAAAUCAAUAAAUUGGCAAAAAAGAAAACAAAUCAUGAAGCAAAGAUUAAAGAACUUGAAAGGAGCAUUGAUCUGAUCAAACAUUAUACAGGUUUUAUUUGCUUAGUUUGUUUUGCAAACCUCCUCUUGGCUAUCCUCAUAGUAUUUGGUGACUGUUGUAUGCUUUAGUCUUAUAUUGAAGAGGGGGUUUAUCAUAAAAAAAAAAGAUUCAGAUGGGGUUUUAAACUCAAAAUCCCCCUUGGCUAUGCUAAUAAAAUUUGGUGACUGUCA